UUGUCGUCAGUAACAACACCAGAAGAACAAAACCAAUCCAGAUCUCGAUCUCGUUCACCAGUUCAAAAAAUAAAAAAUGGUUUACAUUUAAGUUUUUUUAAUAAUUCUUCAUCUAAACGAAAAUCACAAGUUGCUAAUCAACUAACCUCCGAGCAAGAGAGUAAAAUCGAUCAGUUGAAAACAUUUUUGGAGGGGAUCGGGUCACCGUUGGAAAAUGAACAACUUCAAAAAUUAUUGAAAGCUAACAACUGGGAUGUUUCCGAGGUAGCAAAUUACUAUAAAAGCUUGGCAGAUGCAGAAGAAGGUUUAAUAGCUGAUGUUAAAAAGGGUGUUAUAAUGACUGGCUCGGAAAAUGAUCGUGCGACUAGUUGUUAUAUAGAUAGUCUUUUAUUUGCCAUGUUUGCCAGAAUACAAUCAUUUGAUGGAUUGCUUUAUAUGCAAGCAGGAGAAACCAAUGCUAAAAUAUUACAAACUCAUUUGAGAUUGUUUGUAAAUAGGCUUCGUACUGGUGAACUUAUCAAUGAAUACAUGGUCAAGGUUAGUAGUAAUAUCAGAAUGAUUGAUGAUUAUGGAAGACCAACACAAGAAGAUUCCAGCGAAUUGUUUUUAUUUCUAUCAUAUCUUUACGAACUACCGUAUCUUCCAUUGGAGAUGCACUUGAUUCAUGGGGCAAAAAGAGAUCCAAUGGACGAAAGAGUUGUAACAGAACGUAUGAUUCAGAUUGCUAUACCAGGUGAACCAAAAGAUGAGACACCGGUAACACUCGAGGAAGCAUUGAAAGCACACUUUUAUGAUAAUUCUAUAUCUGGUAUUAAACGAAAGCUUUUACCUGAGGAAAAUGUCGAUUUGGCAGUGGAUGAAAAAACAAAAGGAAAAAUACAAUUAAGUAUCGAACAAUCAGAAAUUCCUGUUACCGCUUGGCAAGUUUUAAAACUUUUGCCUUUUUAUUCUGCUAGUAAUGAACAAGAUGAAAGAAUAAAGGUUGAUCAAUCAUAUUUUCCUACCACAAAUCUAUUAUUACCACUCGUAUUAAAACGAUAUGGAUUUAAUGAAAGUCUAAGGCCUUUUCGAAUAAAGAAAAAUGUUUACAUUCCACCUUUCGCCAAUUUCAAUUUGUUUGUUAAUUCUGAUGCAGCUGACGAACAACCUUAUAAGUAUGGAAUAGAUAAUAUACAUUAUAAAUUAAAGUUGAGAUCUGUGGUUUGUCAUUAUGGCGAAUCACUUUAUUCUGGUCACUACAAAGGAUUUACUCUAGAUGAUGAAGGAUGGUAUAGAUUAGAUGAUUUGAACGUUGACCAACGAGUUACCAAAUUCAAUUCUCUCCAAGAUAUUACAUUUUUAUUUAAUGAAUUUAGUAAAAAUGGGUAUUUAUUAUUUUAUGAACUUCAGAUUCUGAAUCCUGAUGAAGUAGAUGAGGAUAAAAUAACAGAACAUGAUUAUUACGUGGCACAAAAUCUACAACAAAUAGAAUUUUUAGAUGGAAAAAAUAAAUGUGUUUUGCAAUAA